AUGACUUGGCACUUGGCACUAGCAGUGGCAGAUAGUAUGAUUUAUAAAAUUCCUGAAAAUAAGGCAGCAAGUAAUUGUGAAAUAACAGUUGAUCAGUCAGGCCACGGCAGUUUUUCCAGCAUUCAAUCGGCUAUAAAUGCCAUUCCAUCAAACAACAGCCGGUGGAUUUGUAUCUCCAUCAAGGCUGGCAUAUACAGGGAGAAGGUGAAAAUUCCUUACGAUAGGCCAUAUAUAAUCCUUAAAGGAGAAGGCCAAAGAACGACUCAUGUUAUUUGGGGCGAUCAUCAAUCAGUUGCAGAGAGCCCCACUUUCACUUCUGCGGCUGAUAACGUCGUCGUCAAGGAAAUCAACUUUGUGAACUCGUAUAACAGUCCAAAUGGUAGAAACAAGAAUCCCAGGACACCGGCUGUGGCUGCCAUGAUAGCCGGAGACAAGAAUUCAUUCUAUCAAUGUGGGUUCUCAGGUGUUCAAGACACUUUGUGGGAUGAUCAAGGUCGCCAUUACUUUGAUCACUGUACCAUUGAAGGCGCUGUUGAUUUCAUCUUCGGUACUGGCCAGUCCAUUUAUCAGAGUUGCGUGAUACAUGUACUUGGAGAAGCUUUAGAGACAGGAUUUUCAGGUUAUAUAACAGCACAGGGAAGAACAAAUCCAAAUGAUGCAAAUGGGUUUGUGUUCAAAAAUUGUCGUGUGUAUGGAACAGGUUCAGCCUUAUUGGGAAGGGCCUGGAGGGGCUAUGCCAGGGUCAUUUUCUACGAUUCUGAAUUAAGACAAGUUGUGAGUCCAGAGGGCUGGAAUGCUUGGAAUUUUCGUGGUCAUGAGAAUCAGUUAACGUUCGUUGAGUAUGGAUGCUAUGGAAAAGGAGCUGAUACCUCUGGUAGAGUGAAGUGGGUGAAAUAUAGCUUGGAAAACAUGAGGGAACUGGUUAGUAUUAAUUUCAUUGAUAAUGAAGGAUGGCUAAGAAAGCAACCCAGUUAG